GGUAUCAUUUCCCGGAAUGGGCUUAUAAAACCGAGUCCAGCCCGGGCUCCAGGCAGAUCCAGCUGUGGCACUUCAUCCUGGAGCUGCUCCAGAAGGAGGAAUUCCGUCAUGUCAUCGCCUGGCAGCAGGGAGAGUACGGAGAGUUCGUCAUCAAGGACCCCGACGAGGUGGCCCGGCUGUGGGGCAGGAGGAAAUGCAAACCCCAGAUGAACUAUGACAAGCUCAGCAGGGCCCUCAGAUAUUACUACAACAAGAGGAUCCUCCACAAGACAAAGGGCAAGAGGUUCACCUACAAGUUCAACUUCAACAAGCUGGUGAUGCCCAACUACCCUUUCAUCAACAUCCGGCCCAACGGUGUUGUCCCCCAGAGCGCUCCCCCCGUGCCCACGGCCUCGUCCCGCUUCCACUUCCCUCCGCUGGACGCCCACUCUCCCACCGAGGAUUCCCAGCCCGGGGGCCGCUUCCCCGGCGGUUCCCUGGGCCCGGGAUCCACCCCGGAGGCUCUGGGGGACGGCGGCGGCGGCGACAGGAAGCCGGAGGUGCCGGAGCUGCUGGAGGAUUCCUCCUCGGAUUGGCGCCGGGGGGGAGUGGAUCUGCUGGCCCCCCACGCCGGCGGCGGCAGCGGGAGCGUCGCCCACCCCAAGCGCAAGCCCGACAUCGUCCUGCCGCUGUUCUCCCGGCCCGGGAUGUUCCCGGAUCCUCACAGCCCCUUCGCCGUGUCGCCGCUGCCGGGCCGCGGGGGGGUCCUCAACGUGCCCAUCUCGCCGGCGCUGUCGCUGACGCCCACCCUGUUCUCCUACAGCCCCUCGCCGGGGCUCAGCCCCUUCACCGGCAGCAGCUGCUUCUCCUUCAACCCCGAGGAGAUGAAACACUACCUGCAUUCCCAGGCCUGCUCCGUGUUCAACUACCACCUGAGCCCGCGGACUUUCCCCCGCUACCCGCUGGUGGUGCCGCCGCUGCAGUGCCAGGUGCCCCUGGAGGAGCAGCCCCAGUUCCCCAUCAAGCUCCAGCCGCCUCCCGCCGGCCGGAAAAACAGGGAGAGGCUGGAAAGCGCCGAGGAAGCGGCUCAGCUCAGGGUGAAGGUGGAACCCGCCGCCGACAAGGAGCCCCCCGAGGAGGCCACCAAGGGCAAGGACGGAGGAGAGAGGAGGGAAGAAGGUUCCGGAGCGGAGGAAGGGAAGUUGGGGCCGGUGUUCGCCCGCCCAGCCGCCCCGUCCUGGCUGCCCCCGGCGCCCGCCCAGCCCGGUGCAUCCUCCUCCUCCUCCUCCUCCUCCUUGGAAGAGCCCCCGGAGCAGCCGGGGGAGAGCGGCGUGGAUAAACCCCCCCGGGAUCCCUGCGGAGAAGCGGGAGCUCAGGAGAAGAGGGAGGACGCCCUGAUGCCCCCGAAGCUGCGCCUGAAGCGCCGCUGGAACGGGGACAGGCAGGCGGAGCCGCCCGAGGAGAACGGCCUCUGGAACGGCCCCAACAACAUCCCCAAGGCCGUGGCGGCCGCCGCCGCCUCCGACACCUAAUCCCGGGAUCUGGGGAGAGCAUCCAGGGAUUUAUGUAGCAGAGGUUGUUGCAGAGCGUGGGGAGGGGAGCGGGGAGGUGGGGUGGGACGGGUGGGACGCGGGGGGGGUGUUAGAGCCUGGUUUUGGGAAUUCUAGGAAUUCUGGGGAGGGGUGGGAGGGGAGGGGGGGGUUGUGUUCUCUUUGUUUUCGUUGUUGACUCGCAGGUGAGACGCCGGGGGGUUGUUCCCGCUCCGGGGUUGUUCCCGCUGCUCCGGGGUUGUUCCCGCUGCUCCUCCGUCGUCAUUCCCGGGCUUUCCCGGCUUGAGCUCCGGGCCUGGCACGGACUCCUGAGGGGGGUUGAGGCCUUUUCUUCCCCGGGGAUGGAGGAAUUCCAGACGUGGUCUAUUUUGGUGUUUAUAGCAGCAGGAAUCUCCAAAUCCAUGUAAUUCCCUGGGGGUUUUUUUUAUAUAUAUAUAUAUAUAUAUUUCCACGGAGCGUGCGAUGGCGGGAGAGGAAUUCCCGGCUUUGCAUCCGCCUCUGGAGCUGAGGGGGGGACUGGGAUGAGGGAAUAUUGCACUGUCCUUGGAGCAGGGGGAAGGAUUCAGGAAGACACGACUGAGAAAAUCAGGAUGCUGCCGGAGCGGGAGAGCCGCUCUCUCUCUCUCUCUCCCUCUCUCUCUCUCCCGGAGAGGGAUCCGCAUUCCCGGCUCUCCGGGAUCUGCAUUCCCGGCUCUCCGGGA